AUGGAUCAAAUCUCUCUUGCACUUCUCAGUGUGUUUUUUCUUCUAGUAUCAAUCGUUUGGUACUCAUGGAUAUUCAAGAAUUGGACAAAAAAACUCCCACCUGGCCCACGUGGCGUACCGAUCCUAGGUUACCUGCCCUUCCUGAGCCACAACCUGCACAUCCAGCUAACUGACCUGGCACGUAAAUACGGGCCCAUCUACAAGUUGUGGCUCGGGACCAAACUCUGCGUCGUGAUCAGCUCGCCAUCACUCAUCAAAGAGGUGGUCCGCGACCACGACGCAGUGUUUGCGAACCACGACCCCACCGUCGCUGGCUUGGUGGCCACUGGUGGGGUCGAUAUCGUAAAUUCUCCCUACGGGCCCCACUGGCGGAACCUCCGGAAGGUUUUUGUGCGCGAGAUGCUCAGCAACAAAAACCUCGACGACUCGGGCCCGCUUCGGAGGUACGAGGUUAGACGGGCUGUAAGGAAUCUGUACGGAAAGAUCGGGACCAAUGUCGAUGUGGGGGAGUUGAUUUUUAUCACGGAGGUGAACGUGGUGUUGUGCUUGAUAUGGGGUGGGGCCCUUGAAGGGGAGAAUAGAGAUAAAAUCGGGGCUCGGUUUAGGGAGAAGGUGGCGAAAUUCGUCGAACUUUUGGGUAAGCCUAAUUUGUCUGAUUUUUUCCCUAUUUUGGCGAAGUUUGAUUUUCAGGGGAUAGAGAAAGAAAUGAAGGGGGUUUUGCCGAGCGUCGACGAAAUUCUUAAUUCCGUGAUAAGUGAUCGGAUGAAGAUCAUGGAGGAUUCCGGUGGAGAAUUUUCGAGUGCGAAUAGAAGAAAGGACUUUGUGCAGAUUUUGUUGGAUCUUAUGAAGCAAAAUGAUAUCGUGAUAGGCGGGACCGACACGACAGCAACGAUAGUCGAGUGGGUCAUGGCCGAGCUCCUACAAAGCCCGCAUGCAAUGCAAAAAGCCCAACAAGAACUAACACAAGUCGUCGGACUAAACAACAUAGUCGAAGAAUCCCACAUCACCAAACUCCACUAUCUUGACGCGGUCAUUAGGGAAACUUUCCGACUCCACCCUCCACUUCCAUUGCUUAUCCCAAAAAUGCCGAGCAAAUCAUGCACAAUCGGUGGGUACACAGUUCCAGAGGGAUCUAGGGUUUUGUUGAACGUUUGGACAAAUUAUAAAGAUCCGCAAGUUUGGGAGAAUCCAACCGAGUUCAAGCCGGAGAGGUUUUUGAACGACGAUGAUAAUGGUAAAUGGGAUUAUAUUGGAAACAAUUUUCAUUAUCUCCCGUUUGGAUCGGGGAGAAGGGUUUGCCCCGGGAUUCCGCUGGCGGAGAGAAUGGUGACGUAUUUGGUUGCUACGCUCUUGCAUUCGUUCGAUUGGAAGGUUCCGGAAGGGGUGAAGCUUGAUAUGGAAGAGAAGUUUGGAAUUGUCAUGAAGAAGAGUACACCACUUCUUGCAGUUCCUUAUCAAAGGUUGCCUAGCUUGGACAUAUAUUUAGAGAUUCAAAUCGAUGAUGGAAUUCCCCUAAAUUGGAGGAACCAAAUAAUGGACUUAAUUCCGGAAAGUGGGGAUCAAGGUGUGACAUUUAAGGAGGAAGAAAUCGAAGAUGUGAGAUAUCUAGACAGUCAAGUUUCAGAUCUGUUGAACCGUGAUGCCAAUGAAUCGGAAGGGGCAAAACGGUCUGAAUCAGCUUCUGACAAUGAUAAUUCAAACUUCGCAGUAACUGAAGAAAAUAAUGGCGUGAUGAGUAAAUCAUGCAUUGAGCAAUUAACUGCUAUUGGUGAUUUUGACUUUGAACCGGGCUCGGUUGACUUUUUUUGGCCGGACCUUAUUGGAGGUGAUAUUAGCACUGACGACUUUAUUGAACGGGACUCGGGUUCCGUUGGAAUGGAAAUGGACAACCUCAAGAGACAACUAGAAGGCGGAGACGGUGCGGCAGAAGAAAACAAGCUGGCGGGGACGUCCUCCAAGGCCAAAACGCCGGCGUCGACGAAGAAAAAGAAGCCAGUCGCAGAUUACCAAGAACAGCGCGCCGCCGCCGAAUUAAUCCAAGUUUCCGACGAUUAUGAAGAAGCCAACGUCGACUUGGCAGACGAUGAAAAAGAUGCCAACGUCACAGAUCACUAA